AUGAUUAUUGUUUUAUUAUGUCUAAUUACUUUCUGUAAUUCAAUUGAGAUAUAUGUUAAUACGAUAAGACCUAAAGAUAAUCCUUCAGAGACUUACACGUAUUACGAGUUGCCGUAUUGUAAGCCGAGUGAUUUUGAGGAAGUGAUUGAAUCCUUGGGACAAUCAUUAUCUGGUGAUAAAUAGAUGACUUCAGUUUACAAGUUCAAUUCAAAAGAGAAAAUAGAGGAUAAACAGGUAUGCGACAGAAAUUUUACAAAAAUGGAAAUGAGGAAAUGGAUUGAUGCAAUAGAUUAAGAAUAUAUGAUAGAGUUUUAUUUGGCUGAUUUUAUAAUGCAUGAUGUAGUGGGCAGAUUUUAUGAUGGGCAAUAUUAUCUAAAGAAUAGGAUCACAUUUAAUCUAUAUGUGUCGAACGACUCUCGAUUGAUGUAUGCUAAUAUCACAAAGAAUGAGACAGAUUUUAUAUCAAUAAAUUCAUAAGAUGAGAAAAAGGAGAUUGGAUUCUACUAUACAGUCUAGAUCAAAUAGUAUAUUGAGACGAUGGUCGUCCAUGAUCACAGUGUCAAGUGGAAUUUGUUAAUAUUCAAAAGCAUCUUAAUAUUAGUGUUAGUCAUAAUAGUUAGCCAAGUGUUGAGGAGAUCAAUAUUAAAUGAUUACAGCAAUAUCCCUGAUGAAGAGAAUGAGAUUGAACCUCAAGGCUGGAAGGCAAUCAAAAUUGAAUCUUUGAUGCCUCCAACCAACCGCAUAGUGUUUUCUGCUUUACUUGGAACAGGCAUUCAUUUCUUGAUAACAAUUCUGAUUUUGUUAAUAUUGGGGUCAUUUUAUUUGUUUGAGACUCAUAAGGGGUCUAUAAAAUCAGCAGGAAUAAUCAUAUAUAGUUUUGGCGGAUUAAUCAAUGGGUAUUAUACGGGGAAGUUCUAUAAGUUUUAUGGAGGCAAGAGUUGGUUACUGAAUUUGUUCAUAGCAGCAGCCCUUUUUCCGAUAUCUGCAAUGUCAAUUCUUUUUAUUAUUGAUGUGCUUUCAUUUUUGUUCGGAACAACAUCCACCUUCUCAUUUACAGCAGUAUUUUCAGUUGGAUUCAUUCUAACAGUAGUGUACUUGCCCUUAACUUUGAUAGGAGGCGUUUCAGGUCGACUGAGAACCAUAGACGAGUUGUUCGAAAAAAGGUUGAAGAAGAAGGUGCUCAUCUCUAAUUAUUAGUUCCUAUCAAGUGGAUGCUUGUAUGGAAUUGUGCCUUUUAUAUCGAUCAUUAUGGAGCUGUAUUACAUUUUGGAAAGUACAUGGAGUGAUCAAUAAUUUGAGUAAUACACGUUGUUGAUCUUUUCCUACAUUCAAUUAUUGAUUAUAGUGGGUUGUCUAUCUAUUAUCCAAACUUAUAAGCAAUUGAAUCAGGGCAAUUAUAAUUGGCAAUGGAUAUCAUUCAUCAAUGGAGGACAAUGUAUCAUAUACAUCUUCGGAUUUAUCUUCUUUUAUUAUUACUUUGUGAAUAUGCAUGGGUUCUUUUAAUUUUUGUUUUAUUUUGCAGAAAGCAUAUUGGCAUGUUUUGUCUUAUGGUUGAUGUUGGGAUUUGUGAGUUAUUGGAUAUCAUUGAAAUUUGUGAUUUAUAUUUAUUCAUAAAAUAAAAUUUAAUGA